CACAGACGCCCAUCGGGAGCCGUCUGGACGUUGUGUAUAAUGAGCUCUUCCUGAUAUCUGAUCCGUUGUUUGAUCUGCUGCUUGAUUCUUGACUGAUCCCCCCGUUUCCUGGCUCCAUUCGUUCUUCCCUACUCGCUACUUCCUCCGCAUUCAGCCUCUCGUAACCGAUCUCAGACAGACACAGUGGGCAAGAAUGGCGCCGCAAAAGACAUCCCAAACGACGUCCCAAAAGCUCACCCGAGAUGAAGUCGCCAAAAACAACACAGAAGAUAGCCUCUGGUGCAUCAUCGACCACAAAGUCUACGACCUAACAGACUUCCUCGACGCACAUCCCGGUGGCAAUGUCGUGCUACAGCAAAUCGCCGGGCAAGACGCCACGCAGGCCUUCUACAACCUCCACCGCCACGAAGUCCUGCAGAGAUAUGCGAACCUGUGCAUCGGCACGAUCGAAGGCGAGAAGUCUGAGGUGGUAGACCCGCAACCGGGCGAUUUGUCUACCGUCCCCUACGCAGAACCCUUGUGGCUGGCGCCGGUGUUUAAGAGCCCAUACUAUAACGAGUCGCAUCGCCGGUUGCAAAGGGCGGUGCGGGAGUUUGUCGAUCGCGACGUGUAUCCGGAGGCGCAGCAGAAAGAGCUCGACGGGACGUAUAUAAGUCAAGAGCUCGUCGACAAGAUGGCGGCCAACAAUUUGUUGUCCAUGCGCCUGGGGCCCGGGAAGCAUUUGUACGGGCGCGAGUUGAUGGGCGGGGCCGUCAAGGGCGAGGAGUUUGAUUAUUUCCACGAUCUGAUCAUCGCGCAGGAACUCAGUCGUGCGGUCGCGCGCGGGUUCCAGGACGGGAAUAUGGCGGGGAUGAUGAUCUCUUUGACCGCGGUGAGGCAGUGGGCUAAUGACUCCGCGCUGAGGGAUAAGGUGACGCACGAGUGUUUGAGCGGGAAGAAGUUUAUGUGUUUGGCGAUUACUGAGGCAUUUGCCGGAAGUGAUGUCGCUGGAAUUCGGACGACGGCGAGGAAGAGCGAGGAUGGGAAGCAUUAUAUCAUCAACGGAACGAAAAAAUGGAUCACAAACGGCAUGUUCGCAGACUAUUUCGUGACCGGGUGCAAGACGGAAAAGGGCUUCUCGGUCAUCCUCGUGCCGCGAGACGACAACGUAGAGACCAAGCGGAUCAAGACGUCGUACUCGACCGCGGCGGCGACGACGUUCAUCCAAUUCGACAACGUCAAGGUUCCCGUGAACCACCUCCUGGGCAAGGAACAUAACGGGUUCAUCGUGAUUAUGAGCAACUUCAACCACGAGCGCUGGGCCAUGGCGUGCGGCGUGAUCCGGUGGAUGCGCACCAUCGUCGAGGAAUGCUUGAAGUGGACGCACCAGCGCAUCGUGUUUGGGAAGCCGUUGAUCAGCCAGCCCGUGAUGCGCCAGAAACUGGCCAAGAUGAUCUCGUUGACCGAGGCGUGCCAGAAUUGGUUGGAGAGCAUCACGUUCCAGAUGUGCCAGAUGGAUUACGCCCAGCAGAGCAAAUUGCUCGGCGGGCCGAUCGGGUUGCUGAAGAGCUACGCCACGAGGUGUGCGCACGAUGUCGCCGAUGAUGCGGUCAAUAUCUUUGGUGGGCGCGGCAUCACACAGACCGGUAUGGGACGUGUGGUGGAGCAGUUCCAUCGCACGUAUAAGUUUGAUGCCAUUCUAGGAGGGACCGAGGAGAUUUUGGCGGACCUCGGUGUGAGGCAGGCGAUGAAGCAGAUGCCCAAGGCCAUGUUGUAGUGCUGGACAUUCCUCGACAAGGAAUAGUCCACCUUAUAGGGUGUACUAACUUACUUCUCGCGGCUCGGCUUUGUGGUUGUAGAGUGAUAUAUGCCUAGGUACAUCUUUUCGGAGACCUUGGGGGCACCUCAGACAGAGCAUCUGCGAUUCUGCAUUGCUAC